CGUAAGACGUUAGGACAUGCAGGCGCUGGUUGUGCCAAAUUACUACUCGAAGUGUUUGUUUGAGAAUAGAAAGAAAAGAGGAACUUCAGAACGGAACAAUCAUGGGAAGGGCGCUGUAUCGCGAUUUUGUGUGCCGAAAAUUCAUGCAAUGGCUCCACUGAAUCAGUAGCCACCGAGUUCGAACCAAUUGCUUGAGUGAGUCCGUCAUUCUCUCUCCAAUCCCUAGAAAUUAAAGCUCGUCGCCUCAGACAACAUUCUUUUUUAUCCCCUCAGCCCUAUUUCCCCGUCAAACCCAGAACAUCGAACAAGACAUGGGUGGUGGUGAGCUGUUUCAUAGAGGCCAUAGAACCCAGACUCUCCCUCUCCUCCGCUCCUCACACACUCGGUAUCUUUCUCUCUAUCUGACCAAGCUAACAAACCCCAUUCGCUACGUUCUUCGCGAACAGCGAAUCCUCUUCUUCUUCAUCGGAAUCUCCAUCUCUACCCUCAUCUUGAACUCCUUUCCACCCUCCCAUCACCAGAUCCCUCCCCUACUUCUCCGGUCCGAUUCCACUCAUUCCACUCAUCCCGUUUCCUACUAUCACCAUGCAGCAGGUGGAAAGGUGCUUCUAGGCCUCAAAAGGAAGGCCCUGAGAAUCGUGGUCACCGGCGGUGCCGGGUUCGUCGGAAGCCACCUCGUCGACCGUCUCAUCGCCCGCGGCGACAGCGUCAUUGUCGUCGAUAACUUCUUCACGGGUCGGAAAGAGAACCUCAUGCACCAUUUCGGGAACCCCAUGUUUGAGCUCAUUCGGCACGACGUCGUUGAGCCCAUCCUCUUGGAGGUCGAUCAGAUCUACCACCUCGCUUGCCCCGCAUCUCCUGUUUAUUACAAGUUCAACCCCGUCAAGACCAUCAAGACCAAUGUGGUAGGGACACUCAACAUGCUUGGGCUGGCAAAGAGGGUGGGUGCGCGGUUCUUGCUAACGAGCACCAGCGAGGUGUACGGUGAUCCUCUGCAACACCCCCAGGUGGAGACAUACUGGGGCAACGUCAACCCAAUUGGUGUUCGGAGCUGCUACGAUGAGGGGAAGCGCACAGCGGAGACAUUGACCAUGGCUUAUCACAGAGGAGCUGGGAUCGAGGUGAGAAUUGCUCGAAUUUUCAACACUUAUGGGCCGCGCAUGUGUAUCGAUGAUGGUCGUGUUGUCAGCAAUUUUGUUGCUCAGGCACUGAGAAAGGAGCCAUUGACUGUUUACGGCGAUGGGAAGCAAACCAGGAGUUUCCAAUACGUUUCUGACCUGGUGGAGGGUCUUAUUCGGUUGAUGGAAGGGGAACAUGUUGGUCCUUUCAACCUUGGCAACCCUGGGGAAUUCACCAUGCUUGAACUCGCCCAGGUGGUCCAAGAGACAAUCGAUCCAAAUGCGAAGAUUGAAUUCAGACCCAACACAGAAGAUGACCCACACAAGAGGAAACCGGACAUCUCAAAGGCUAAACAGCUUCUGGGCUGGGAGCCAUCUGUGUCCCUUCGCAAUGGACUUCCUCUCAUGGUUUCUGAUUUCAGGCAGCGCCUUUUUGGGGAUCGAAAGGAAGUUGGUGCAAUCGCUUCUGUGGUGUCCAACUGAAUUCAGAGUUGAUUGAAGGGGCAUGACAAAAGAAAAUGAGAAAUAAAUAUAAGAAUAAGUGAGAUUAGUGGAAGCAGCUUUCUUCACUCCGCUUACAGCAAAAAUAAUAAGGGUAGCAGCUGAACUCCAACCAACCUGAACCUACCACAGAACCGCACGCAUCACUCACACAAGUCUCCUUUAAAUAGUUGAAGAACUCUUACCCAUUCUUGAAUGUGUAUAAUUAAUACACUGUUCUUCCUCCUAUAAUGUAAUCUUCUCUUUUGAUUUAUCUAAAAGAUGAGGACAUCAUUUUGCAAUGUCAAACAGUCAGGAAAAUUUGCCUCGUACUACUUGGUUCUUGUAAUUUGAACAAUUGAACCUAUUGUAUUUGAAGGUAUCCCAAACAUUCAAAA